AUGAAUAACAAAGCCGAAGCUGAGUCCUCAGAUGUCCUGAAGGGCCUGGAGGUGGGUUUUUUAAAGGACAAUAAUGAAUGGGUGAAGAUCGUCAAGGGUGUCAAUUGGGAAGACACAGCUUCUUUGGAUAGCCUCAUCAAGUCUACAGAGCAAUUGGUAUUGAAGUACAUAAAUCCUAAUCAGACUAUCAAGCGCAGCAUCCAGAAAGUGUUCGAAAACGCUCUGGGGCGAUAUCCGUUAUUAUUUGGCUAUUGGAAACGAUUCACAGCCGUUCAGUACCAGUUGCAUGGUCUGAACCGCUCGAUAGAUGUGCUCUCUCGUGCGGUGGAUGCUUUUCCACACUCACUCGAGCUAUGGUGCGAUUAUCUCAACGUCCUCAUCGCAAAUAAUCCCAACGAAGUGGACAAAAUCCGUAUCAACUUUCAGAUCUCAAAGGAUCUGGUCGGAAACCAGUUUUUUUCCCAUCCGUUCUGGGACCGCUACAUUGAGUUUGAAGAGAAACAAGCGAGGCCGGACAAUUUACUUGCUAUCUACAAGACAUUAAGUCACAUUCCACUGCAUCAAUACUCAAGAUACUACACUGCAUAUAAGUCGUUUGCGCACGAGAACGCAUCCCAAGCGGACCUCGAGAUCGACACCGAGGACGAGAUUGAUCGAAUUUUCGCAACCACACAGAGUCUGGUAAACAGCGUAUGGAAAUUCGAGUCUCAGAUAUCUCAAAGCUAUUUUAAUUUAGGCCCCGUUCCACAAAAAGAGCUGGAUAACUGGAACAAUUACCUCACUUUCGCUGUCGAAUCGGAGCUAGUUUCUGCUAGUUUGAAGAAAUCCAUCUUUGAGCGGUGCCUUAUUCCUUGUCAGUAUUACGAGCACUUUUGGCUCAGAUAUACUUCGUGGAUGGAGAGCGCUGGCGAUUUCGAGGGCGUCUUGGAAACAUAUCAAAAAGGCAUCAGCGCAGUACCGUUAAACCUACGCAAACUGCGUCAAAAAUACCUGGAGUUCCUGAAACUGUCACUACGAAAAAACAAGGACAGAACUUUAGAGACCUACUUCCAAACUCUUGACGAAUUUUCUCGUAUAUAUCCACAAGAUGGUACAUUUCUCAGAGAGUUUGUGGCUGUUUUGAAGAGAUUUGAGUUUGGCUCAAGCCUAUCACAAACAGAUCAAGAGAUUUUACGACAACAGAGGUCAUUUGUCGCUUAUCUCGAGAAAAACAUACGUGCUUUUAUUCGCAAAGCUCAAGAUGGUGAUGUCAGGCUCCAAAAUCUAAUCAGUAACACUACACUCCCAGUGCUCGUUAUCGAGCUAAUAAAAGCCACCUAUUAUAACAUGAAAAACACUACGCAAACAAGGGCGCUAUUUUCUGAAUUCGAGAAGCUACCACAGCUCAAAUUCGCGACUUCAUUUUGGCUCCUAUACUACAAAUUUUUGAAAGCUACCAUCGAUUUGAAUGGACUGGAGUCCUUCGUGAACAGACUUGGAACUGAAAUCCAGAUCCCUGUACUGAUAAUCAACGACAUCAUAAGUGACUUCAAGUCCUUCUUCAUAACUAAUGUUCAGCUAAGUGCAUACGAGCAGGAAGUAUUUGAAGGACGCUAUAAUGCAGGCUUGGACCCCUUGGUUGAUCUUGACUACAAAGUCAAUAAUCCUCUAUGGACUAAGGAACAAACCGCGAAGGGCGGCAACAGACUGCGGAAGGAAAAGAAAGACAAUGGCCAUCCGGGUUUGUAUUUUGAAAAACCGACUGUGUCGAAUACUCUUAUAGAAAACCAUUCCAAAACGUUCGCAAACAACCCUCCACCGCUGCCGACUUUUAAAAAUCUGGAGAAAGUUAAUAAAUCUGCGCUCCACCGAGACUACCUAACCACUGAUUAUCUGCAGUCGGUUUAA